GACACACAACGAAACACACCACCCCGGGGGGCUGUUAAAAAGUCCACUCACUUCUGAUUGUGGAGCCACGGGAACGUCGGAGAUAUGGCGGUCAACUACACGGGGACGUGGGACAUGGUCAGCAAUGUCAACUUUGAGGGAUACAUGAUUGCUCUUGGCAUCGAUUUCGCGACCCGCAAAGUGGCGGCCAUGCUGAAGCCUCAGAAAGUGAUUAAGCAAGACGGCGAUCAAUUCAGCAUCAGGACCCUCACCACCUUCAGGAACUACGAAAUUGCGUUUAAGGUCGGGGAGGAGUUCAAGGAGGACAAUAGGAGCAUGGAUAACCGCAUAUGCCAGAGCAUGGUCAACUGGGAAAAUGACAAGCUGGUGUGUGUUCAACGAGGGGGGAAAAGGAACAGAGGCUGGACUCACUGGAUUCAGGGAAAUGAACUUCAUUUGGAACUUACUUGUGAGGAUCAAGUCUGCAAGCAAGUUUACAAAAGGACCCUCUGAGUGUUUAAAAUUAUAUGAUUAAUAAAGAAAAAU